AUGUUUGUAUGCCCGACCGGCGGCUAUCCUGGUGCGCGGCACGACAAUAUCCGUGAUCUGCUCGCGGAGGUGUUGGUUGAUGUCGCCCAGGACGUUGAACAGGAGCCUAGGCUGGCGGCCAUGCAUGGGGAGGAUCUACCCGGACGCCAGCUGAAUCGCCAGGACGAGGCCCGAGCGGACAUCCGAGCCAGGGGCUUCUGGACAAGGCAGCAGGACGCCUAUUUUGAUGUUAGGGUAACCCACCCUGAGGCGUCUGUGCUGUCUCGUUCAGAAGUCCUUGGCCAGCUCGGGUCUCACGAGCGGCGUAAGAAGGCCGAGUAUGGGCCACGGAUCGUCAACAUCGAGCGUGCGUCAUUUACGCCGCUUGUGUUUACGACGCAGGGCCUGGCGGCACCGGAGUGCGCGAAAUUUCUAUCGACGCUGGCGACAUACCUGUCCAGGUGUCACACCGAUAUCCCGUACUCCAUCCUCAUCAACCGGUUGCGGGUGUACGGACAGUUCUCCACAAUGCAUGCACAUCCAUUCAUAACAUUCAUGACAGCUAUCAAUGAAUGCAUGUCUACGCCAUGUCCCAGUGACACAGUGUGCGUGAACAAAAGUGGUGCCUACACAUGCGUCCCAAUGUGCCAAUUUGACCAAUCAGCGGCUGGUUGCGAUCUAGGUGGUCCUGAUCACCAGUCCGGCUCCGAAAGUGAAGGAGCAGUUGGAGCUGCCGUUGGAGGUGCAGUCGGUGGGAUACUGGUUCUUGCAGUUGUCAUCGCUCUACUGGUGUUAUAUCUCAAACGACGAAAAAAAAAGAAGCAUGUGUUGUCUCAAAACAGCAGCGAAUUGACAUUGGUGAAAGGAAGUGAGCAGAUAGAAUCACAGUUACAGGAUGAGUGCUGCUACUCAGUCCCGGAAGCCACGAAUGGGCCAGGGCGAGGGAAAAGGAUAUCACGGAAUAUGUUCCAAACUGCAGAUAGAAGCUUUGGAAAGUCUCCCUGGGCUGGACCAAUCUACUGUGAAGCUGGAGGAGAAGCAAGUGUUUCACUCUUCCCUAUGGUUGAUGCUGAUGAUUUGGAUGAUAAUCCCGUUGACAUGAUGACUCGAGAUUUGAGCCGGCAUGCCGCUGAAGAAGCAAAGGAAAGAGAGGAAAGUAGACAACGUGCGAAGGAUGCUCUCUCUACUCAACCAACAUUGGAGACACAAGAAUCCACCUUCUCACUAGGCUCCCGAUACAGGAAAAGUGGCAGUGCAGGUGACAAAAUGGCAGCAACAAUAUUGUAUCAUGAUAUAGGAUUGGCAUCUGUUGAAAAGAAUAACCCAUGCUACCUACCUAUGGCGGAAGUGAAGGAGAUUGCAACAACCGAAACAACGUCCAAUCCUCCAACGGUUAUGGGUGAAUCUGCGUACGAAGAGAUGGCUCCAUCGGGAAAGGAAGAACAGGAUGCCAUUGCUGCUGCAGUGUCUCCAGCGUUGAUGGAUGCAUCUAUGUGCAAAGAUAUGGCUUCAUUGGGCAAAAAAGACGAACAGGAUACAUCUCAAGUUGCUGAUCCACCGUCUACCAAUAUGUACCAACCACUGGGUCCUGCUGGUGCGACAGAGCAAUACCAAAGUGUCACUCCUGCCCAGGCUGAGAGAGCACCUACCCAGAGCAUGACGUCAUCCAAGCCUACAUCCACGUAUGAAGAGCCAGCACCUGCAGGUAGGAUAGAGCAAUACGAAACACUCACCCUUGACGUUCAACACAAAAGCAUGGACAACAGGACAAAAAGCUCUACACCAAUGCCAGAUACCACUGCCAGCAUGUACCAAACUGUGGCAGAUGGAAGCCAGAAGGAGCAGUACCAAUCACUCACAUCUGAUGUACGCGGGUCAAUUACAAAAGACAGCACAUCAAGCACUGUAUCUACAACACUGGCUGUUUACGAGGAUUUGAAUGGAAUGAAAAAACAGGGACGAUACCAAUCACUCACAUCUGAUGUACGUGAGUCAAUUACAAGAGACAGGAUAUCAAGCACUGUAUCUACAACACCUGCUGUUUACGAGGAUUUGAAAGUAACGAAAAAACAGGGACAAUAUCAAUCACGUACAUCUGAUGUGCGCGGGUCAAUUCCAACAGACAGUACACCAAGCACUGUAUCUACGACACUAGCUGUUUACGAGGAUUUGAAUGUAACGAAAAAACAGGAGCAAUACCAAUCACUCACAUCUAAUGUACGCGGAUCAAUUCCAACAGACGGCACAUCAAGCAAUGUAUCUACGGCACUAGCUGUUUACGAGGAUUUGAAUGUAACGAAAAAGCAGGGACAAUAUCAAUCACCCACAUCUGAUGUACGCGGGUCAACUACAACUGACAGUACACCAAGCACUGUAUCUACAACACCUGCUGUUUACGAGGAUUUGAAUGUAACGAAAAAACAGGGACAAUACCAAUCACUCACAUCUAUUGUACGCGGAUCAAUUCCAACAGACAGCACAUCGAGCACUUUAUCUACGGCACUAGCUGUUUACGAGGAUUUGAAUGUAACGGAAAAACAGGAGCAAUACCAAUCACUCACAUCUAUUGUACGCGGAUCAAUUCCAACAGACAGCACAUCGAGCACUUUAUCUACAACACCUGCUGUUUACGAGGAUUUGAAUGUAACGAAAAAACAGGAGCAAUACCAAUCACUCACAUCUAAUGUACACGGAUCAAUUCCAACAGACGGCGCAUCAAGCACUGUAUCUGCGGCACUAGCUGUUUACGAGGAUUUGAAUGUAACGAAAAACCAGGGACAAUAUCAAUCACCCACAUCUGAUGUACGCGGGUCAACUACAACUGACAGCACAUCAACUACUGUAUCUACAACACCUGCUGUUUACGAGGAUUUGAAUGUAACGAAAAAACAGGGACAAUACCAAUCACUCACAUCUAAUGUACACGGAUCAAUUCCAACAGACGGCACAUCAAGCACUGUAUCUGCGGCACUAGCUGUUUACGAGGAUUUGAAUGUAACGAAAAACCAGGGACAAUAUCAAUCACCCACAUCUGAUGUACGCGGGUCAACUACAACUGACAGCACAUCAAGUACUGUAUCUGCGGCACUAGCUGUUUACGAGGAUUUGAAUGUAAUGAAAAAACAGGAACAAUAUCAACCGCUAUUCCCUCCACGGUUGAGAAAACCAUCGGAUGGCCAAGCAGGGAGUUCAUUGCCACGUAUGUCUGGAGGUGCUUCCGACCGCGUCGCAAGAGCUGCACAGCACCAGCAAGUGUCCGGAAAAGCCCAGAGAACCAAGUACGCGCAAGAUACUCAAAAACUCAGGGCAGUGUCUCUGUCCCAGUCUGCAACAAACAAGCCAUCCGAAAGAUCCAGUGCUCAAGGCCAUGCCUCACCAGCAAACCCUGGGAGCGCUGUCUAUCAAGCUCUAGGAACAGAACCCCAGGAACACCUGUAUGAAUCGACUACAGUUCCCAAGCCCAGCAACACAAAACAGGCAGCUGGCCUUCCAGCGGAGCCCACAGGUGAUUACCAAGCAAUACUGGCAGCAUACGUGCAAACGUCUGAUUACGAGCAGCCACGGAAGUAUGAGAAAUCAACAUCGUGAAUACAUAUCGGAAUCAAUCCGUCAGCGUGCUUAAUCUGGCUACCACACGGAUCUUCGAGACUUUAUCAACUAAAUUUUGUAUACUAGUAGUAUGAGGUUGCACUAACUAGUUGGCGGCGGCUAGCCGUGCUCCACAGCAUGUACGGCCUCAGUAUCGGAACUGCCACCACAAUACCGGCACCACAACAGCUGCAGAAUGUUGGAAUGUUUGAGUCUACCUUGUUAGUUCUGCUAUUAUGUCAUGCAAGUACUGUUUUCUAUCUGAAUUUGUUUUGCAAAUUGUCAGUGUUCUGUGCCCAAUGCUUUCCUCUUGCUGUGUAGUUCUCUGCUGUAGUUCAUUUGUAGAAUUGUACAAUAUGUUUACUCGUAUUAUGUCCUGCAACUCUGUAUACCAACUAUCUGUACAUGCAUAUGUAUCAAUAUCAUGAUGACAGUACGGUACUUAGCAAAUUUCGGGUUUUAUUAGCUGAAGUAAACGGUUGACAGUUCGUGUGUUUUUAGGACUGUUUUGAUAUUUUCUGUGCUGCCUAUUCUGCAAUUGCAGGAAUAUAAGCACACUUUUUCGUUGCGCUUACCUUCCCCUCUUUGGUCUCUCCAUAACCUUGAACCUUCGGAGUUGGAAGGCUGUCGGUUAGCGCUACGGAGAUGUGUUGAAGCUAGGUGUCAGGACGUCGAAUGUCUCAGUACUCUGUCAGUUUUGUGCCUAGUUGUUGCCCUUUCUGACUGUAUAUUAUAGUAUCUAGUUAUAGUGGUGAGAGUUACUCUUAACUCGUUUCCAUAUGUCCUUUUUCCUUUCUAUAAUUAAUUUUAUAAGCUGUAUACCCUCACAUGACAAAAACGCUGUUUGGUUAAAAGAA